GACAGGUUGCCCAGCUUCUUACAGUCAUCUUCACUGAAGCUAAGGUUAACUCCUCACUCUCUCUAUGGACGGCUACUCGCUAUUUCCAAGGGCGUGAAGAAUUUUCUCUUUCUCCUGUGCUUCCGUCUAAGAGUUCUCCUUGGAUAAUUAUCAUCGCAGAGGAGUGCCUGGGUUGGACAUCCUCAUCUGGGUCAACUAAAAAAAGAAAGGUAAUCAUGCAAGACGACAGCCUAGAAGCUUCCACUUCCAUCUCUCAACUGCUAAGGGAGAGCUACUUAGCUGAAACCAGGCACCGGGGGAACAAUGAGAGGAGCCGAGCAGAACCAUCCUCUAACCCUUUUCAUUUUGGUGGUCCUGGAGCUGCUGAAGGAGGAGGUGGCCAAGAUGACCUUCCAGACCUUUCUGCCUUCCUGAGCCAAGAAGAAUUAGAUGAGAGUGUCAAUCUGGCAAGACUGGCCAUCAAUCACGACCCUCUGGAGAAAGGGGAUGAAUCUCAAGCUCGCAAACGUCUUUCUUCUGACCAAUUGAAACACUCACCUAAAUCAAGUUUUGACCCCAGCUUCUGUCAGGAUAAUAAUGCUCGAAGUCCUCCAGGCUCUAGCGAGAGCCCACAAGAAGCAAAAAGGCCACAGUACAGUUCUGAAACUCAGUGCAAAAAGGUGUUCUUAAAUAAGGCUGCCGAUUUCAUUGAAGAGUUGUCCUCCCUUUUCAAAGCCCACAGCUCCAAAAGGAUCAGACCUCGGGCCUGCAAAAACCACAAAAGCAAAUUGGAAUCUCAAAACAAAGCCAUGCAAGACAGCAGCUCGGGUUUCUCAGAUCUGUCAGAAAGACGAGAAAGAUCUUCUGUUCCCAUCCCUAUCCCCACAGAUACCAGGGAUAAUGAAGUGAAUCAUGCCCUUGAACAGCAAGAAGCCAAGAGACGUGAAGCUGAGCAGGCUGCCAAUGACGCAGCUGGGGGAGAUACUACCCCGGGGUCUUCGCCUUCGUCUUUAUACUACGAGGAACCGCUGGGGCAGCCUCCUCGGUUCACUCAGAAGUUACGGAGCAGAGAAGUCCCUGAAGGAACCCGAGUCCAGCUGGAUUGCAUAGUGGUAGGAAUCCCACCACCGCAAGUAAGGUGGUAUUGUGAAGGCAAGGAACUUGAAAAUUCCCCGGACAUUCACAUCAUUCAGGCAGGAAAUCUACAUUCACUGACCAUUGCUGAAGCCUUUGAAGAGGACACGGGCCGCUAUUCCUGCUUUGCUUCAAACAUCUAUGGAACAGAUUCAACUUCUGCUGAGAUUUACAUAGAAGGAGUUUCUUCUUCUGAUUCAGAAGGGGACCCAAACAAAGAAGAGAUGAAUCGAAUCCAGAAGCCCAAAGAGCUUCCCGCUACCUCUGCAGCUAUUCCUCCAGUGGCACCAACAGACCCGCCUUUGAGGGCACAGCCCAGCGUGUCAACCAUCCAGCAGUGUCAGAGCCCUACCAACUAUUUGCAAGGCUUGGAUGGAAGACCUAUCAUUGCAGCUCCUGUGUUUACAAAGAUGCUACAAAAUCUAUCAGCCUCUGAGGGCCAACUGGUUGUCUUUGAGUGCCGAGUGAAAGGAGCUCCGUCCCCAAAAGUUGAGUGGUAUAGAGAAGGGACUUUGAUAGAAGAUUCUCCAGAUUUUAGGAUCUUACAGAAAAAACCUCGGUCCAUGGCAGAACCAGAGGAGAUCUGUACUUUGGUCAUUGCUGAAGUAUUUGCAGAGGAUUCUGGGUGCUUCACAUGCACAGCAAGCAACAAAUACGGCACCGUGUCAAGCAUCGCACAACUAGAUGUAAGAGGAAACGAAGACGCCAGCAGUAAUGGGUCUCUUCAUUCAGCCACCUCUACCAACAACCUGACUGUCAUUGAGCAACAGCCAUCCCCACCCAACCCAGAGCCCACUUCUGUGGAACAACCCCCGAAACCCAAACUGGAAGGUGUUCUGGUGAACCACAAUGAGCCCCGAUCUAGCUCAAGGAUUGGCCUCCGUGUGCACUUUAAUCUGCCUGAAGAUGACAAAGGGAGCGAAGCAUCUUCCGAGAGCGGAAUGCUCACUGCCAACCAGGCCAGGCCUAAUUCUUUCCCCGAGAGGUUCAAUGGACAGACAGCAAAAGUCUCUGAGCCUUCUUCACCUAUUAAAGAGCCCCCUCCAGUCCUGGCUAAACCCAAACUUGAUUCCAGUCAGCUACAACAGCUUCACAACCAAGUCCUAUUGGAACAACAGCAAUUGCAAAGUCCAACUGCCUCCUCUCCUAAGGAAUUCCCUUUUAACAUGAGUGUUUUGAACUCGACUGCUGCCCCGACAGUGACAAUGUCCAGCAAGCUGGUGAAAGCUCCCUCAUCACAGACGUUCAGCCUGGCCCGGCCAAAGCAGUUCUUCCCCUCCACGAAUGUCACUGUAGCCAGCAUGUCACCCUCGAGCUCCCCAGUGUUUACCCUGAGCAGCACACCUCAAGCCAUUCAGAGGACAGUGAGCAAAGAAAGCCUCUUAGUUUCUCACCCCUCCAUGCAAAACAAAUCUCCAGCAGGGAUUUCUACCCCAAGCGAGCCACCCCCUCCUGGUCCAUCAGAACCAGCACAGCCUCCACUCACAUUUUCCAUCUCCAGUGGAAACCAGUUUCAACCCCACUGCGUGUCCCCAACUCCUGUCUCCCCCACCAGCCGGAUCCAGAACCCAGUGGCUUUCCUCAGCUCUGUUCUGCCUUCUCUUCCUGCCAUCCCACCCACCAAUGCCAUGGGGCUUCCCAAAAGUGCACCUUCUGUACCAUCACAAGGACUGAUGAGGAAAAAUGCAAAAGCUCAAUCAGUAAACAAUGAUCACAUUCGGGAGGCUAAGAACGCAGUGAUUCUAGACUUGGGGAAGAAAAUUCAUUUCAGUGAUACCAGAUCAAACCAGCAGGAAUACAAAAUUUCAAGCUUUGAACAGAGACUGAUGAAUGAAAUAGAGUUUCGCUUGGAGCGUACUCCAGUUGAUGAAUCAGAUGAUGAAAUCCAGCAUGAGGAAAUCCCGACGGGCAAAUGUAUUGCUCCCAUCUUUGACAAAAGGCUCAAGCACUUCCGGGUCACAGAAGGCUCACCAGUCACAUUCACCUGCAAAAUUGUUGGGAUACCUGUUCCGAAGGUUUACUGGUUCAAAGAUGGAAAGCAGAUUUCUAAGAGGAAUGAGCACUGUAAGAUGAGGCGAGAAGGCGAUGGGACGUGUUCCCUGCACAUCGAGUCCACCAGCAGUGACGACGAUGGCAACUACACCAUCAUGGCUGCCAACCCUCAGGGGAGAAUCAGCUGUUCUGGCCACCUGAUGGUGCAGGGUUUGCCCAUCCGUAGUCGACUCACCCCUGCUGGUCAGUCUCACAGGGGAAGAUCCCGAGUGCAAGAACGAGACAAAGAACCCUUACAGGAACGCUUUUUCCGACCACACUUCCUGCAGGCUCCUGGUGACAUGGUAGCUCACGAGGGCUGCCUCUGUCGGCUGGACUGUAAGGUUAGUGGCUUGCCACCCCCGGAGCUGACAUGGCUGCUCAAUGGCCAACCUGUGCUACCAGACGCCUCCCACAAGAUGCUGGUCAGGGAGACCGGAGUCCACUCUCUGCUCAUUGACCCGCUCACCCAACGGGACGCAGGGACCUACACAUGCAUUGCCACCAACAAAACUGGGCAGAAUUCCUUCAGUCUGGAGCUCACUGUAGUAGCUAAAGAGGUGAAGAAAGCGCCUGUGAUCCUGGAGAAACUGCAGAACAGCGGCGUCCCAGAGGGCCACCCGGUGAGGCUGGAGUGCCGCGUGAUUGGCAUGCCUCCACCUGUGUUCUACUGGAAGAAGGACAACGAGACCAUCCCAUUCACCAGAGAGAGGAUCAGCAUGCACCAGGACACAACAGGGUAUGUCUGCCUCCUCAUCCAGCCAGCCAAGAAAUCAGAUGCUGGGUGGUACACACUGUCAGCCAAGAACGAAGCCGGCAUUGUGUCAUGCACUGCUAGGCUGGAUAUAUAUGCUCAGUGGCACCAGCAGAUCCCACCACCCAUGUCUAUCCGGCCCAGCGGCAGUCGCUACGGAUCUCUCACCAGCAAAGGACUUGACAUCUUUUCUGCCUUCUCCUCCAUGGAAAGCACAAUGGUGUAUUCCUGCUCUUCUCGGAGUGUCGUGGAGAGUGAUGAACUUUAA